GUUCAAACAAGGCAAAGUAACAAUUAAAAGUCCCCCUUAUCAUCCACUUGCAUGAGUUAUGUGACUUUUUUCACUUUUUUUCAUGUACAAUCAACGACGCCAACAGCUUCAAGCACAGAUACUACAACCUGAUGAUAUUGAUACACCACAGUAUGGUACUGCUUCAGUAGAUACAAGUGUGAAGCCGACAACAACUGUGAUCACUGCAAGUACUCAAGUACCAAACUUUGUGUCAUUGAAACAAGUUGAAUUAGACAUUAAAACAAAAAAACGAAUUCCUAAAAACACUUCAUUCGAGCCUUUAUCAGAAUUAGCCUCACAAAAUUUUCGAGAUUUACUAACCAGAGAAUACCGGAAAACCAUUUCAAACGUAUUACAAGACAUGCCUGCUGUCUCUCAGCAUCAGGUCGAAUACAUUUUACGUCCUGUGGUUACAGCCAUUGAUCGAAAACUGAAGCAAUUGUUGUUUCCAGGAAAUAUCGAUCCUAAUAUGCUCAAUAUGGGAUUAGAUCAACUUGUUGACGACGCAAGGAAAGAUAUGGAGGCUCAGUAUCAACAAGUGGCACAUGAUGUUGGCAUAAAAGUACGAGACAGAGAAGAAGCUCUGAGUCGAGAACAGAAUCAGUUGGAUGAGUGGCGACAAAAGAAUAUAAAUGCAAGGAAAGCACUUCGAGAAAGGCCUUUUGUAUUUCAACCACAUGAAGAUGUGGAUGAUUAUGUCCAAAAUUUACUCAAGUACCCAAGCCAUUCUGUGCUCGAUCUGUAAACACUCCAAUUGCCCUUUUUUAUAAGGGAGAACAAAAAAAAAGUAAUUUAGAAAGCCAUGACGUACGAUUUGUCAAGUGAAGAACUAUAUAUGCUUUCAACUGCUCAUAUACAGUUUCGCAUUCGUUUUGGAAAGGUCAUCAAUCAAGAUACUAAAAGGUUGAUUUGUGUCAUUACGGCAAACAUGAAUAAAAUACGAAUUGCUCAAGUAUAAACAAGAACUUGUAGCUUUCUUCAA